AUGCAAGGCAGCGGGGGGCAUGGACAGCCACCGCCAGUUGUCCAUUCUCCUCCUGGACUACGACGUGCUGGUUGGGAGGAGGAUGUCGAUCCUCCCACCAAGGAGUCUGUUGCAGCAUGGGAGCGUUCUCUCCGGCCUGGGCAGUACUUCUCGGAGAGGGGGGGGCACCGCCCAAUGCGCCACAAGACCCAAGCGGUGCAGGGUCAUCCCGGCGCUCGCGCGUGGCCACGGGGACCAGACGGGGGUGCAUGGGGGCCACAGCACCUGUCGCCGAUCCCCUCAGAGAAGGGUUACAUGCCGUUGGUGCCGUCUCCCACGACGUCGCCGGGACGGCGUUCCCGCACGGGGGGACGGGACGCUACUUUCCCCGGAGAGGGAUGUCCGACAGACGUUGCGGAGGCGUUCGCGGUGGCGGAGGCGGUGGCGGCGGAGGUCGGGUUCGAGGGCCUCGAGCGGGAGGCCCUGCGGCCUUUCGAGCCGAUCGUGUUGCAGAAUGAACAACUGCCACCGGCGCCACCGGCACCGCCGCUCGGGCUCCCCUGGCGAGCGCCACCCCCCGGCUUUGACGCUCGCACCUUGCGCCGGCAAGCCUCGGCGCUUCGCGGGGAGGCAGCGGCGGCCCACCGCGACGAAGAGGCCGUGAGGUGCUCGACCUUGAGACUGGCGGGGAUUCUGAGAGAGACAAUCGAGAACGGGAAGGAGAACGCCGCUUUGGCGAGGGAGAGGCUGUGUUGCCUGCACGCGGCGCUGCGGCGACUGAGGGAGGAGAGAGUCAGGCAGGGGGUUGCGGUGAACGCGGCAGUCACAUGGCAGGAGUCGCUGGAGGAGCUCAGGGAAAAACUGGAAUCAUCGGAAGAGCGACGGCGCAGGGCGGAGCGGGCCAAGAGCGACGUGCAGCGAGCGCUGCGGGCGGCUGUCGAUACCAACGGGGCAGCGGAGGCGGAGGUGAUACCCUUGGAACGCGCCCUCGAAGCCGCGUGGAGGCGGGACGAGGUUGCCGAGGAGAUGGAACGGCAGAAACGUUUCCAAGUCUUCGUGGAGGCUUGCCGACGGAGCCAGGGCAUGCGGCGGCUAGCCGCCGCGCGGCACGAGCGGGCCGGGGCCGAACGGCGAGAGGUCUUGAGGGAGGCGUUAGCGGCGUGGGCCGUCGGGGCUGCCUUGGAGCGCGGGGGGCGCGAAGCCCGCCAGAGGAGAGCGGUCGAGGCUGCUCGGCUUUGUCUUGCCCGGUGGAGGCUGUUCGCCGCCUUGGAACGAAGGUUCCGCGCAGAACGACGGCGACGAUCCUGCAAGCGCGUGAUGGACGCGUGGCGUAGCGCGGUCACAGAAGCAUGGCGCGACCGCGAUUUGGACCGGAGGCGCGAAGCCCUGGUCCUGCGUCGUUGUUUUCGGGGAUGGAGAGUGCUCCGGGCCAGGUCCAUCCUAACACCGCAGGAGUAUGUGGAGCGGCGCCACACCGCCGACCGGCACCGCCUUGGCCGCCUGUUCGAUAGGUGGCACCUCGCCGCCCUCGCCUCCUCCGCUUCGUCAACGGCCAUCGUGACCGUCGUCCGCCGCCGGCGCGACGUGGACACCCUCGCUCACAGCUUUCGUGCCUGGGCUUCUCUCUCUCGGGCCCGCCACUGGCGACGUCGACGAGCUCUGCGCCGCGGGCUGGAAGCCUUGGCCUCCUUUACGGGGAGGGAGGAUGGGGUUGCCGGGGCGUCGCAGAUGUUUUCGAACAGUCCGUGGCGCAGGCGGCGCACCGGGUUUGAAGGGGAGGUACGACGAGGAUCGACGGCGGCUCUGUCGGUAGAGUUGUCCCCGGCGCACUGGGGAGGCGGCCGGGGCCGAAGAUGUGUCGGGGCGGGAGGACUUAAAGCCCACGACUUGGAAGCCGUGGCAAGCGCGCACCGGAGGCGGGCCGCCUUGUCGAGGGGUUUUCUGGCGCUGCUGUGCCAGGGGUCGAGGCAGCUCAGGGUGGGGAGGGGUCGAUUGUUCAGCGUCCUCGGGGGUGGGGGGAAAGGAGGCGUUGUGGUCAGCGUGCGGGCGGCACGGAUAGGGUUUCUGACGUGGUGUGGGGCCGCGAGAGCGAGGGGCCGAGCGAGGGAGGGCAUGGAGGCGGCUGAGGUUGUGUGGAGGCGGAAGGGGCUGGCGGGAGCCGUGAAAGGGCUAAAGCGUUUUGCUGUGGUAGCAGCGCGCCAGAGGAGGGCUGAUCGGACGAACGUUUUGAAGAGAUCGUUCGUGGCGCUACGGCAGGGGUGCGCCAUUUCUAGGCGACAAAAAUCCGCGUGCUGCGCACUCCAGAAUGCUCUUGUCUCCCGGCGGUUGGGCCUCCUCGGGUCCGCGAUGGCUAGGCUAGCGGCCACCGGCAGUAGCGGUCCGGCGGCAAUAGCGGCGGCGAUGGCGGCUGCACCGGCGGCAAGACGGCGGCGAGAGAGGGAAGCUCUUGGGGCGGCGUGGAGGUGGUGGGUCGGUGGUUGGCUGCGGCGGCAGGCAGAAGGGAUUCGGACACGCGAAGUCGAAGCGCGGCGCCGAGCAAAACGAGAGCGUGACCUCGCGGAACAGCUGGAGCAGGUGCAGCAAGAGUCCGCCGCGCUACAGAAGGAAGCCCUUGCCGUGGAGAGUGAGCUGCAGCGCACCAAGAUUCUGGUUCUAGAGCAGGAAGAAGCUCUCGAGGCGUCCAGGAGGUCUUUGGCGGAAGCGUCUGCAGCGGCCACGGCCGUCAAAUCUCGCCUCGGCCCUGCCGCUCGUUUCGACACCGUCCACGCCGCCAAAACCACGAAGGACGGCCGCCAGGGCACGAGGCGGCCUGCUCGUCAGACCGCCGCCGCUCGUGUGCUCGUUUCCGCCGAAGCUCGCCAAAGGGCGGCGGCAGCGAAGGCGGCCGAACGUCGAGAGUGGGCGGCGGCGGAAGCCCGCGGGAAGCUUCGCGGGCAGGAGGAGGCUGACGAGGCGGCCCUAGAGGGUGCACUAGAGGCAGCCAGGCGGUACGGGGAAGCGGUUGAGCGAGGACAGGCGCGGGUUGAGGACGCGGAGGCGGACAGGCGUCGAAUGCAAGAGUCAGCGGCAAAGCUACUGGAGAGGGUGGACGAACUCACGAGGAAGGCUGAGGAAGAAGCCAUGAAGGGUGCCCGGGAGGCCUCGUCGGCAGAAAGCGAGCGCGCGGCUCUCUCCCUCGCGGCUUCCACGGCGGAAGCCAGGGCUAGGGAGAUGAUGGUCAUCCUGGACGAGCGAGAGAGGGAGGCCGCCAAGCUGAGGCGGGCGCUGGCUGCCAAGGACGCAAAGCUCAAGGAAAAGCGCCUUCUCCGCCGUCGUGCAACGGCACCUGUCGAAGCGAUGGAGGUUUCCCCGUCACACCGAGAAGGGACGGCACCGCUGCUGACUGGAGCGGGGAAUGUUGCUGCUACUGAUGCUCCAUUGGCAGCGUGCGAUGUACAUGAGCUGAAGGAGAGCAUCGCCUUGCUGCAGAAGAAGGUCGAAUCGUCCAGGAAUGGCACUUCGUAG